GGCACAGAGUAGGGGAGAGCGCGCGAGCAGGGACCCCGCUGCUCGCACGGGACGCACAUCAGGCAGACAGGCUGGAGAUCUGCGACAGGGAGGAGGAUUGCGCACCGCGGACAGGCGCACCGCGCGGCUCUUACCGGGAAUCACCGCUGUUUGUCUGGAGACACUGGAGGCUGUCCUGCCGGCUGCUGCAGCCUCUUUUCUUGCGCGCUUAAAAGCGGGGGAUGUGAUGGGUGCUGGAGCAGAGCCCGGAGAUGAUGAAGAGCACGUUUCUGAUCUCCAAGUUGGGUUUUUACGUCCAGACGACGCUCAGUGGGGAAUAACGGAGACGCGCCGCUUUCACUGACGGAUUAAAAAUCACUCUUUUGGUUUGUUUUCAACAGAAUCUCUCCGGUUCUUCUAUUUUUUUCCGCCACAUGUGGGAUUCAUGAUGCUUAAGCUCACCUCAGCAUCGUACAUGUUGCCCGACUGAUGAAGCGGGAUUGUUGCCCUUGUAUGCCCACAUUCGGAGCAAUCUGAGUCAACAUUCAGGUCAAACGACCGUCUCAUGUCCGCGUGAAGAGCCUCAGUGUGACAUGGAAACACCGGGACUCUACUGGCUGCUUUACUGCUUCAUCCUUAACUGGCCCUUUAUGUUCUGUGUGCACGCUGCAUUCACUGAAGUCCCUAAAGAUGUCAGUGUGGGGGAGGGAGAGGAUGUGGAGAUGCCCUGCGCCUUCAAGGCGGCCAGCGCAGCACCCAUGUCUCUGGAGAUCCAAUGGUGGUAUCUGAAGCAGGAGGUGCCCAAAGACCUGAACCACGAGCUGCAGAUCAGCGCUCCAUCUAACAGAGACUACAAGGUCACUCCGAGGGCAGCCAAUAAAAUCAGUACUGUGCGUGUUCAGGGCAAUGCCAUCUCGCAUCGCCUCAGCCUGUCCAAGGUGAAGAAGGAGGAUGAGGGGGUCUAUGAAUGCCGGGUGUCUGACCUGUGGGCCGACGACACUCAGGAGUUUACAGUCCACGCCUCGCUGCACGUGUCGGCAGGGGACGGCAUGGUGGCAGAGGAGGCCGUGUCGCACAUCCAGAACCGCUGGCCUUUGAGGAAUACUAACACAGGGCUGGGAGGGGAGGGGGUGGCAGGCAGGGCCACCUCAGAGCCGGGUCAGGGGCUGGCAGGGGGGCAGAGGUUUGGGCAGGGGAAGCACCUUGUGCAUCAGCAGGCUCAUCCAGGACUCCUUCCCUCGAUCUUCACCACCACCACCUCAACAGUGGUCAGGUCUUCAGCCUCAACGCUACCCAGGAUCAAAGACAUCCUCCGGCUGCAGCAUGGAGCCGGCUGUGCACUGAUAAGCUCCUUGGACCCCCUCCUCUGCAUCUCUGUCCUGCUGCUGCAUGAGCUCCUGACCCUCCUGCUGGCCCACUGAACAGAAUUCAACCAAACGUGUGUCGACUUGCAACCCUCUCACUUUUUAUACCAAAAAGAAACAAAGCGGCAGCAGGCAGCUUAAACACGUCACUGCAGGGAGUCAAAGACUGGAAACUGACGCAGGACUCCUACAGUGUGUGUAGGAGUAGGAGGAGUUGAAAGGAGAAGCGAUGGGAGUGUCAGUCCUGACCCACACACACACAGGUGUCUGCACCCGCUUCAUGCACGGCCUCCUCAGAAUCCACAAACUCACCUCCUUCUUCUUCUUCUUCUUCUGCAGCGUUUCACUGUGAAUUCUUUACAGAUCACCUUAGUGUGAGUCCUGCUGCUCAUACUUGCACCGUCACCGAGGAGGAGGGUGAUUCAAACCGUCAGUCAUUCUUUUCUGUUCAAAUCUCAUUCUACAGAAGCUACCCUUCAAACAUUGUGUUAGUCUGACCUACGCCAGGUCCACUUCCUUGCACACACACACUUACACACACACACACACACACCUACCGUACCUCUGUUCUUCAUAGCUGUGUCCCAUCAUUCACACGAGGAGUUAUAAGCUAAAAUAUAUUUUGAUGAAGAUAGGGCACAUCUUACCAUCCGUGUUGUUCUUCACCUCUAAUAAUGUUUAUUUUUAUUAAAUCUGUGGUGACUUUUGAUUUCUAUGAGACAGAACUUUCCCACAGCAGUUCAGAAGAAGUUUAUUGUUUUUGUAAUAAAAGGUAGAUUUCA